AACGUAAUAAGCAAAUAACCCAAAAAAAAUGGAAUGCGAAAAUAUCAGCAUCAUUGUCUCUGAGCCUGAUGUGGUGAUCAGAACCUCUAAUGGCUUGAAAAUCCCAGCUUUUUCCGGAGCUCUGGUUUCGGCGUCGCCGGUGUUUGAGGAGAUAGUCGAGAGGCGACGGAGAAAGGGGAGGUUGGAUAAAGCUGUUCCUAUUCUUGGUGUUCCGUCUGAUGCUGUUCUUGCCUUUGUUGGCUUCCUCUGUUCUCCAAGGAGUGAAUCAUUGGAUCAAAAUGAGGUGAUGGAUAAAUAUGGGAUGCAUCUAAUGGUGCUAUCUCAUGUUUAUAGAGUCAAAUGGCUGAAGGACUUGUGCGAGGUUGAACUAGCCUUGAGAUUGACUGUUGAUUCCGUUGUUGAUGUGCUGCAAUUGGCUAGGCAAUGUGAUGUGCCUAAGCUCUAUCUUCAAUGUAUGAAGUUAUUGAACAAAGAGUUUGCUGCGGUUGAGAAAACUGAGGGUUGGGUUUUCCUGCAGAACAAUGACCCUUGGUUUGAGCUUGAGAUCCUCAAAUUCCUCGAAGAAGAGGAUUUGAAACAAAAGAGAAGGAAGCGAAAGAUUGAGGAGCAAAAGGUCUAUUUACAACUAAGUGAAGCAAUGGAAUGUGUUCAACACAUUUUCACUGAAGGAUGCACCCAUGUUGGUCCUUAUGAAGCAAAGGUGACACCUAACAAACAAAAAUCCCACUCAUGUCCAAAUUAUGCAACUUGCCAUGUCCUACAAAAUCUCAUCAAACACUUAGCUUCAUGUCGCGCAAAUAGAUCAGCCUGUUCUAAGUGUCGACACAUUUGGGAUCUCCUUCGACUGCAUUCUUCAGUUUGUCAGUCCACUGAUCAAUGCAGGGUUCCCCUAUGCAAGCAAUUCAAGAUGAUGAAGAUGGAGGGGAAAGGUGAGAAUGAGAAGUGGAGGUUGUUGGCAAAGAGAGUGGUGAAUGUCAAAGUUAUGUCCUCCCUAGCUAAAGGGAGAAAAGGCGAUUUAUUGAACAAAUUAUGAAUGAGAUAGUUUUUAUAUAAGAACCACACCUUGGAGAGCAUAUACUAGUUUUCUGUAUUUUUCGUCUACUUUUGGUGCUUGAUUCUUCAUCGAAUGUAUAAGUGAAGAAUAAAUAUAAGAAAAAGGUGUAGCUAGCCUCACAAUCAUGUUUUUGAAGAUCUAGAUGGAUAUAGUUCGCUUUUCGUUUGAAUGUCAU